ACGAUCCGGCAAGGUCUCUCUCUUUCUUUCCCCCUUAUCGCGAAAUUUAGGGUUCUUGGGCGGAUUUUAGGGCUGCUUUGUUUUUGGCGCCAUGGCGAUGAUGGAGAACAAGUCGCUGCUGUGGGCGCAUCCGGAGAAGAGCGGGCAGCUCCUGAAACGCGGGAGCGAUAUCAAGUCUUGGAAGAAGCGGCAAUUUGCGCUCAAGGACACAUUCUUGUUCUACUUUAAGAUUUUGCCUACAGUGGAACAAUCCGAGCCAACUGGUGUGAUUCCUUUGCAAGGAUGCAAAGUGGAAGCCAUUCCGGCUGGAGUCCAUGGCAUCAAGAAAUACUCUUUUAUCAUCAAUCUUCCGGACAAGUAUAUCUUGACAAAGGCCGUGAAGCGUGCUCUUUAUAUUCUAUCAGCGCACGACGAACCGGACAGACAAUCUUGGAUUGAUGCAAUUCGUUGUGCCUCUGUAUCCAAGCAGAUUAUUCGCGCCAAGCUCGAGCACUCGAGGCUUGAGGUUCACGACCUGGAACUGCGAUGGAAGGUUGCAAGUGCUCUAGAUGCCGGCAAGAAAAUGCCGUUUGAGCUACAAGAAAGCGUUGUCAUGCAAGCUCUGGCGGACGAACUUAUGGAAGUUUAUUACUCGAUCGAGCUUUUAAACCAGAGACUAGAGGAAGCCACGGACAGGUACAGAACAGCCUGCGAGCAACUAUCUAUGCUAGAGCAAGCCAAUGCCAUGCACCAGGAAGCUCUUAUGCGUGAAGGAUCUAUGCAAAUGAUGCAUAAGAUAAGAUCAGAUGAAAGUGAAUGCAACGGGAUCCUCGAGUACUUGGUCGCUGCAAGGAUAUCAUUAAGAACACUUCAAAAGCAGGUAACUCGCGAUUUUUAUAGAAGCAAAGCUGUGAAAAGUUUUCUACAGGUAGACGCACUGUCUGGCCUCAGUGAAGGUGGUGAAGGGGUUCCAUCGUAUGUGGAUAUUGAGGGGCUACUAAGACAAACUUUGGCUCGCCUGGGAACUCUAGAGUACCAAACAUGGGGAACUGAGAACUUGCCAGACGAGGAGCAAAUUGCGAGCCUCUAUGCUGCGAUCGAAGCUUGCCACAAACAAGAGAAGCAUCUGGUGAACGAAGCAGCUAUAUUUCUCGGCUAUGCUCCAGCUGAUGUGGGAAGUCAAGUCACUUUACCUCCCCCAGCAGCUGGAGGAGAGAAUACAUCCGAAGAUCAUUGAUCUUUCCUACCAAAAUUUCCUUUUAUUCGGCCUCUGCUAGCUUGGACGACCAUCGCCAGUUUUCAGCACCCAAGUAGCACCUCUCGUGUAGCAAAGUUCCUUCAUUAUCUGGAGCACAGAGAUCAAGUAUGGGAAGUUUUGUAAGCUUUGAGUACCUUUUGGUAAAGUUGAUUCGACGGCAUUUUACGUAA